UGAGUUUUCGUACGAUCUUUAUUUUUUUUGAUUCUCUGUUAUCGUUUUCGUGGUUGCGUUUGCGUUUUCAGUUUUCGUCCGAAAUUUGUAGACCCUUUGCUCCUGUAGUUAGUAAGGUUGAUUUGUUGUAUGUGAGCAUGAAAACGAAAAAGAGCAAGAAAUCGCUCCAGCGCGAUGAGCCAACGGAGCAGCCAUCUAAAAAGAGAGUCCGAAUCAAACGCGAACCAGACAACGAUGUCGUGGAGAUACCUGUCGACGAGAAACCAGCCGUCAUCGACGCGCACCUCUGGAACCUCACCUACGACCACAUCAUCCACAUCGACAGCAUCUCUACUCCCCAGAUCCUCCAAGCGCUCUCCUCCCAGCUCCCCUCCCCCGCCACCCUCACGGACAUCACCCGCACCAUCCAUUCCCUUCUUCUGAAAGCUUUGGGACCCCGCGUAUCCCAUCUGGAGGUGGGAUUCCGCCAACCGACCUUCCUGUCUUCCCCGGUGUUCCCGUUAAGCAUCGGGUUGAGGCUGGCGCAGCACGAGUACACAGAGACGGUGGAGAAGGGUCCGGAGGGCGGGGGGCCGGAGGCGGAGGGGUUCCGCGGGUUCUGGGGGACGGCGUGCCAGUUGCGGCGCUUCCCGGACGGGAGUCUGCGGGAGGCGGUGGUGUGGCCAUGCGGGACGGGGACGCGGAUGGAGAAGCGGACGGUGUGCGGGAAGAUUGUGCGGACGGUGCUGCAGCGGCACUGUGCGGUGGGGGGAGCGUGCGUGCGCUCUACGGGGAAUGUGUGGAUGGAAACCUUGGCGUUGCAGCGAAUUGAACUUCCCAAGGACUGGCCGGCGUAUACCUCGGGCGAAGAGUACCUCCAAACCCUGACCACUACCUACGACACCCUCGCCCGCGAUCUCCGCAACAUCCAGGACCUCCCGCUGGCCAUCACGGCCAUCCGCAGCACGGCGCCGGCCCUUCGCCACACGGAGCCCUUCCCCCCGCUCCCGGCCACCUUCGCCCCCGAACACCGCACCCCGCCGCCCUUCACCCGCUCCCUCCCGGUGCAGGUGGUCCUGGAGGGGAGUUCCCGGUGGCCGGAUGACCGCCCAGCCAUCCAGCGGUUAAAAACGGCGUUCCAGCUGCAGUUCGCCGAGUAUCUGAAGGAAGCCGGCUACCGGGUGGUGGUGCGGGGCGUCGAGGAUGUGCUGGUGUGGAAGGAGGGCUGGUGUUUCCGGUUGGAGGUGGUGUAUCUCGGGGAGAUGCAGUUGAGUCGGCGGGUGGUGCUGCCGGAUGGGCGGGUGAAGAUGGAGGAUACGGAGGAGUUUGCGCGGCUGCGGAUGGAGUAUGAUUUGUUGCCGAAGCUAGCUAGUGGGGUGGCCGGUGUGGCCAGGCUGAACGAGAGCUUCGGUGUGGCUUGCCGGCUGGCCAAACGCUGGACCGCCUGCCAGCUGCUAUCCGGAUACCUCUCCGCCGAAGCCGUGGAACUGAUCAUGGCGUCCGUAUACCUCCAUCCCGAUCCCGGCCACACCUGUCCCGUGGCACCAGAAUUGGGAUUUCUCCGCUUCCUGCAUCGUUUAUCCCACCACAACUGGCACAAAGAUCCCUUGAUCGUCAAUUUCAGUGAUGAACUGAAAGCGGAAGAUAUCGCGGAGGUUCGGCGUGAGGUUGCGGAGGAACGAUCAAAGAAAGAGGGAGCCGCGAUGUGGAUUGCGGUCCCGUUUGAGCGGACGUCAUUGUGGACGACACCCUAUCCCAAUGGGAUUGUGCUGAAACGGUUGACGUUGUUGGCGCAGUCGGCACUGACGAUCGCGGAAAAUAUCCGCAUGGGUCCAGUGACCAAGGCAGAAACGGAUGUUAAUGUGAUUUUCCAUGGGAAAUUGAUCAGCGGCGACGACUGGGACGUGAUCAUCCAUCUAAAACCCGCCAGCGUCAGCCGCGCCCACGAGCAACUCCCCGCGAAAACCCCCCAAACCAAAGCAAAAAAAUCCCACCUUCCAUUGCUCAAAUACCGUGCCCAGAAAGACGCGGACACCUCCCCGGCCGGGAUCAUCGUGGACCUGGACACCGUCUCCACGUACGUGGAGAAGUUACGCGCCGCCUACGACCACUGCGCGUAUUUCAUGGCGGACCCCAGCGGACACGCCGUGAUGGUGAAAUGGAAGCGCGCGGCGUUCGCGGCGCAGGAAGUGGAGAAGGUGGAGGAGUUCCCGUGGGCGGGGCACAGUGUGGGAAUCAGGGAGAAGGGGCGGAUGACGGGGGUGCUGGAUGUGGCGGCGGUGCUGGAGGAUGUGGGGCUGAUGGGGCGGGGGAUGGUGAAGAGUGUGCAGGUGCUGACGGAGCACUGGCAGAUUUAAUUCUGUGGUUUUGAUGGCUAACGUUAAAAUUAAAAUGCAGUUAAUAAAACUGGUUUGGUUCGGGUUUUGUUGGAUAAAGAAGCUGUUGUUGUUGUUGAAUGGCGGUGUGAUCGUGUUCCGUAGGCUUAUAUCAGUUUAGUAUUGAAGUAGAGAGAUAUUAAGGAAGGAGAGCGUAAACUGAAACAAAAUUAAAAUCAUU